AAAUAUUGUUAUUAUUACCUACUACUUUGCUCAAGGAAACGGAUUAUAAUAAUAAUAAUAAUAGUAAUAAUAAUUAUUACACAUAUCGUUUGUUGCAGUAGUGUUGUACAGUCAACCAGCGUUUCGUUACAACGAAUGUCGCCGUUCACUGUCGCCACCGCCUUCGCCGUUCACAGAUCGCGAUCGACACGCCGUGUGCAAUCAUCGUCACUAUCGAUACGCGAACGAAAUUCGACAAUAAUAAUUAUGUUCUUACGGUAAUGUGUGUGUAAACGUUAUUUAAAUCCGUCGUCAUCGCUCUCGCAACAGCUACCGUCGUACUCGCUUCACACACUCACACACACACACACACGCAUACAUAUUCAUAAUAAUAUUCAACAGUCAAGGUACAUUCAAUAAACAUACACAUCACAUCACACUAGUUUUGUAUUGAUAUCGUUUUCGCGCUUUGGUACUUUUGCUCGUCGCGCAGAGUAACCCGACGUGUGUUCGUUCGCACGUUUUGAACGACCAACGUUUUAUUCGUCCGUCCAUCCGUCCGUCUGCACCACCGUCGGACAACUACAUCGACAGCAUAAUAUCCACCGCUCACGAUGGCCAAGACCUACGACUACCUGUUCAAGUUGUUACUGAUCGGUGACUCGGGUGUGGGAAAGACGUGCGUGUUGUUCCGUUUCAGUGAAGAUGCGUUUAAUACGACAUUUAUAUCUACCAUAGGCAUUGAUUUCAAAAUACGAACCAUUGAAAUGGAUGGCAAGAAAAUUAAAUUACAAAUUUGGGAUACUGCUGGUCAAGAACGUUUUAGGACAAUUACGACAGCUUAUUACCGCGGUGCCAUGGGAAUUAUGUUAGUAUAUGACGUCACCAAUGAAAAAUCAUUUGACAACAUUAAAAAUUGGAUACGUAAUAUUGAGGAAAAUGCAUCAGCUGAUGUAGAAAAAAUGCUACUAGGGAACAAAUGUGAACUUAAUUCAGGGCGUCAGGUAUCAAAAGAACGUGGUGAACAAUUAGCAGUAGAGUAUGGUAUAAAAUUCAUGGAGACAUCAGCAAAAGCUAGUGUCAACGUGGAGGAAGCUUUUCACACUUUGGCCAGAGAUAUCAAGACAAAAACAGAAAAAAAACUGGAAGCAUCAAAUCCUCCCAAAGGUGGUGUGCAAUCUAGUGGUGGUCACCAUUUAAGGGAUAAUAAUGGAACAAAGAAACUUGGUCAAGGUGGUGGAAGUGCAGCAGCACUCAAUUGGUUGUCAUCAAGAUGUACAGUACUUUGACCACGAUUAGCAUAUCAUGGUUCAAUUAAACAACAACAAAUGUACACCUUGAAUACCAUUGUCAACAUGACCGUUAAUUAAAAAAAUUAUUAUAUUGUCUUUCUCUAAUACUAAUAAUUGUUUUUAAUGGAAACUGAAUCUCUCCGGUAUUAUGUAUUUCUUAAUUAUAUGAAAAUACGAUCUUUCAUUUUUUUAUACGUACAAUUUUUUUUUAAAUUGUAGAAAGUAAUUAUAUAGGAAAUAUAUUGUUGUUUGAUUAAGUUGAAAAGCAAUAAUAUUAUUAUUUCACAUUUAUGAUUUUCAUUUUAUAAGUUGAACAAUUUAUUUUGCAAUAUUUCUAUCCAAGACUUAUCACUUUUUAACUUUUUACUUUUUAAUUGUUUAACUUAUAGGUUAUCAUCAUAUAAUAUAUUCUGUUUUUCAUCAAUUUUAUAUAUUAGUAAAAAAAAAAAAAAAAGCCGCAGACAAAAACAACACAUAUGUUCUUUAUUAUUUUAUUUUAUAUAUUGUAAUAUAUAAUAAAUUAUAUAUACAAAAACAUUUUUCAAUACUUACAUUAUUAUCAUUACUAUUUUUUAAUAAUAUACAAUUAUUCAUACUAAUUA